AUGUCUCUUACCAGCAAGCUCGCAAUCACCGACGUCGACCUCAAGGACAAGCGCGUCCUUAUUCGGGUCGACUUCAACGUCCCGCUCGACAAGGAGCAGAAGAUCACCAACACCCAGCGUAUCGCCGRUGCCGUACCAACGAUCAAGUAUGCCAUCGAGAAGGGUGCCAAGGCAGUGAUCCUCAUGUCACACCUUGGCCGUCCAGAUGGCUCCCCAAACCCAAAGUACUCCCUGWAGCCCGUGGUCCCUGAGCUCGAGAAGCUCCUUGGUACCAAGGUCGCCUUCACCGAUGACUGUGUUGGUCCAGAGGCCGAGAAGGUCGUGAACGGCACUUCAAACGGUGGAGUCGUGCUGCUCGAGAACCUGCGUUUCCACGCUGAGGAGGAGGGCUCGUCCAAGGACAAGGAGGGUAACAAGCAGAAAGCGGACAAGGCAGAGGUUGAGAAGUUCCGCAAGGGCCUCACUGCUCUAGGAGACGUCUACAUCAACGAUGCGUUCGGCACUGCUCACCGUGCACACAGCUCCAUGGUUGGUGUUGACCUCCCACAAAAGGCGUCUGGYUUCCUCGUCAAGAAAGAGCUCGAGUACUUCGCCAAGGCAUUGGAGAACCCACAGCGUCCUUUCCUUGCCAUCUUGGGAGGAGCCAAGGUGUCGGACAAGAUUCAGCUGAUCGAGAACAUGCUUGACAAGGUCAACGCGUUGAUCAUCUGCGGUGGAAUGGCAUUCACAUUCAAGAAAGUUCUUGACAACAUGAAGAUUGGCAACUCUCUUUUCGACGAGCCUGGCUCGAAGAAGGUCAAGGAGUUGGUUGAGAAGGCGAAGAGCAAGGGUGUGGAAAUCACCCUUCCAGUGGACUACAUUACCGCAGACAAGUUCGACGCAAACGCGAAGACUGGCUACGCCACGGACGAGUCCGGCAUCGAAGACGGCUGGAUGGGUCUGGACUGUGGUGACAAGAGCAUCGAGCUAUACAAGAAGGCGAUCGAGAAGGCGCAGACUAUCCUCUGGAACGGCCCCGCAGGUGUGUUUGAGUUCAAGGCGUUCGAGAAGGGCACGCGGGCCACCAUGGACGCUGCUGUCGAGGCUGCCGCAAAGGGCAAGAUUGUCAUCAUCGGAGGAGGUGACACGGCUACCGUUGCCGCCAACUACGGAGUCGAGGACAAGCUCAGCCAUGUGUCUACCGGUGGCGGUGCCAGCUUGGAGCUCCUCGAGGGCAAGGACUUGCCUGGUGUGUCUGCUCUAUCAGAGAAGUCGUGA